CGGAAAGUUAGCAUGUUGUUCGUUGCUGCGGGAAAAUUAAAGAAUGGGCAAAGAUAUUUAUAGGUGUAUUGAAUGCAACGAAAAAGCAACGGAGCUGCACAGGGAUUACAGCAACGGGAUUCUGAAGAUAACAAUAUGUGAGUCAUGCCAAAAGCCAGUGGAUAAGUACAUUGAAUAUGACCCCGUUAUCAUUCUCAUUGAUGCCAUUUUGUGUAAGACACAAGCUUUCAGACACAUUUUAUUCAACACAAGCUUGAAUAUCCACUGGAAGUUGUGUGCGUUCUGCCUGUUGUGUGAAGCCUACCUCAGGUGGUCUUUGCUCCAUGGCUCUGAGCAGAGCAGCGACCCUGCAGACAUCAUCAGAUACGCUAAAGAAUGGGAGUUUUAUGGCAUGUUUGGCCUGGCAGCCCUUGAGCUGUCAGCGUUCUGUGGUGCGGUGCUCUGGUUCCUCUGGGUGUGGGUGGGUCUUCUGCAGGGUAGGACGGUAGAGCUCAGCCUGCUUAUCAGAGCCCUGUUGCUGUCCUGCUACGGCAAAGUCCUGCUCAUCCCCGCAGUCAUCUGGGAGCAUGACUACUCCCCGCUCUGUCUGGGCCUCAUCAAGCUGUUUGUGCUCACAUCUAACUCACAAGCCAUCAGAGUGAUCCUGAACACCAGCAGACGUGUGUCUCUGGUGGCCAUUUGUUUAGGCCUGCUGUUGGAAACCUGCGUGGCUCAAGCCUGUAAGAAGCUUCCGUGGAGCAUCCAGGACAUGUUGACGUCUGAAUGAACAUCUGUUCCACCAUCAGACCGAAACAUCUCAGGGAUGAACAAGUGGUCGUGGAUACCGACCUCCUGCUCGGACGUAAAGAAAAGAAAUGGAUUUUUAAGUAUUCUUCUUGUUUUUGAUCUUCUGCUGCUGCCAGUUCAUUUUUUUUACGUAAAAGCAGCUAAAAUACGUGUCAAAGAAACCUGUCCAGCAUUGCAGAGGCACUUCUAUCAUUCUGUGUAAUGAGCCAAGCCAAGAAGUCAGAAUCUGAGAGGGAUUUUCCAGAAGCGCACCGGGUUACUGUUUAACAUGCUCCAGUUCCUGAGCCACUCUCCAGGGAUGACACAAACACACCCGAGGUUGUAAUUUUGACUAUAACUACUCCUCUGUCUGGACAGGAGCUACGAAACACUCUGCACAUUCUUUAGCUUAGUGGUGAGAUGCCAACCUAAACUGACUCACACUCACAGACUGAAUCAAGAAGCUGAACAGGAGUAAAAGGGGCAGUAGAGUUCACUUUAAUGACUUUUAGCUUGUUUAUUGCGACGCUAAAGGCUUAUGUCAGCUAAAAAAUGGUAUCCAAUAGAAAUAGACUACUUUCAAUGCAUUAAAAAAAGAUACAUUUCUUAUGGUUUGUUAUUAUCAGACAGUGUAUUUUAGAUUAUUAUUCUCCAGCGACUCUUUUGGAACUAAACUGACAGAUAAAUGGCCUCAUGUUGUCUUCAUGGCUCUGUUCAAAAUCACCCAAAUUCCUAAUUAGAUUAAAAGGCUAAAAAUCAGCAUUUUGUAAACAUGUCCAUGAGAUGUGUUUUUCAUGCUGUAAUAUUUAUCAUGAUACAAUAUCUGUGAUUAAUGGAGAUUUGUGGUUUAAAUGUGCAGACCACCACCUACAGCAGGGGUGUCCAGCUGUAGUCCUGGAGGGCCGCAGUCCUGCAGGUUUUAGAUGUUUGCCUGCUCCAACACACCUAUUUUAUAUCAACGGUCAACAGCUUAUUGUCAGAUUUAUCCCAGGCAUAUUGAUUCUUUAAUCUCAUUCAGAUGUGCUGCAGCAUGAAACAUCCAAAACCUGCAGGAUAGCGGCCCUUAAAGGCUGGCUGUGAACACCCCUGACCUACAGUCCUAGAGAGAUGAUGUCAGACAGUUGGUUUGCUUUUAGAAAAUUGGAGAGACGAGUAAAUAUUCUAUAUUACUCUGGUUGCGAGGAGCCACAAUUGAUCUAAGAGUAAAUCUGAAAGUAUUUAGCGAGCAACCAGCCGGCCUGUGUCAAAUAGGUAUCCACCUGUCAGGCGGAUCGGCUUGGUAGUUGUUAACAGCCACAGAUGUAUUUUCUUAUCUAAAAGUGCAGUUUUUAGGGAAUUAAUAUACAUAAGUCCAAAAGAGUUGGCCUUGAGUCAUUUAUUAAUAUUAUUAUCAUUUCUAGCUGAGCUAGGGGCAACAAGCUGACUAGUCCAUAAACAAGCAAAGCAACAACAAACCAUAACACUUCCACCUCCUUGAUUCUCAGAUGGUAGAGUUUUCUCCAGACGUAUUUAUUGCUACCAUGGCAACCCUCAUGAUUUGAUUUAACAAGAAAGGCUUUUUUCUGACAGCUACAGAUUCUAUGGGUUUUGGAGGUUAUUGAGUUAGGAUUUAUUUUAUCUUUCUUUUUUCUUAGGCUUUGUGGAGGUCUUUGCUAAUUGUUUAAAGGGGAUAGCUACGAUUUGAAUUCCUCCCCACCAGUAGGUGUCGCACUCACACUCGUUCGCUCUCGUUCCAACUUUAGAUUGUACCGGUUGCCAGCUAUGUCUAAUACCGUAUGUGGACAUAGAGGAGAGAUGUCAAGCGAGGAGUCUUUGGUUAAAACUGGUUGCUAUGAAGUCCCAAUUCUUAAAACCUGAUUUAAAUGCAGAUUGUGAAGUUUUGAUGAAGGGAUUUUUAGUUUCUUUGUGUAAUGCUUCAACUUUUCUUUUGCUUUUUAUUAAUGAUUUGAUUAAUGAUCUUGAUUAAAUGAUUUUUAUCUCAUCCUCUGAUGUUACAGAUGGAAGGUCAAACAGUUUGUUUAUUGAACUGGAGUUCCCCAGGAUUCAGCCAUCAUGGGACAUAAUUCUCAUUUUUUUUAAAUCUGAGUUUAGAGGCAUAUAUCUCUGAAGAAAGAACAACUAAUCGAUCAUUGUAGAAUUCAGUAAUCAGUGUUUUCCUCUUUUAUUCUCCUUUUGUAAAGACAAAGCUACAUAACCUCCAGUGUUGAGACUAAAUUAAUCACAUGCAGCCCAGAAGGAAGGUAAAACCUUAACACCAGACGUGAGAUGUUUAUUAUUCUGUUACUGGCUGACCUGCUGCAGCUGAUCAACGUCACAAACUGCUGUCCCCGUUUCUGCAAACAAGACUAUGUUUAGUUGGUAGAACAAACAUCCGAAGCAGACUGAAGUUUUGUGGCGUUUACUCAACAUUUAGCUGUGAGGAGUCUGAACAGCUGAAGUUUCCCUGUAGAAAACAUCUGCUGCUUCUCUGCUGGGAAAGAUGAUGUUCUAUUAAUAAUCACAGCCCUUAAUAUUCAAUCAUUUUCAUGGAUGUUGCUUUAAAACUGCAAAUGUAUACAUAUAAUAUUGAUAAUGGGGUAAAAAUGGUUGUUUUUUUGUUUAUUUUUUUAAAAUGUAAGGUAUAUUUUUAUCUUUGUUAAUCUGAAGUUAAUAUCUUCGUGAUUGGCUGCCACUGUUCUUGAUGAUGGUUUUUAGGGUACUUGUUUAUGUAUAUUUCUUAAAAAAUAAACCUAUUUAAAUGAA